AUGAAGUCGAUAACGAAGCUUGCGCUAAUCGGACUUCUGCUGGCAUCUCGUCUGUACCUGCAGCCGAUUUACUCACUGGUUUCCGAUUGUGAUGAGACAUUCAACUAUUGGGAGCCGCUAAACUUCCUGCUGCGAGGAUUUGGUAAACAAACGUGGGAAUACUCACCAGAGUACUCAAUUAGGUCAUGGGCUUUUCUGCUGCCCCUGUAUACUAGUUUGUUACCCAUUGGCAAGCUUUGCAGUGUUUUGGGACUGCCGCCGUACGUGUUGUUUUACGUUGCACGAUCGAUUCUCGGACUAUACAGUGUCGUUAUGGAGUGGCACUUGUAUCGCGAAUUGGAAGCUACUCUAUCGCUCCAAACCGCUAAUAUGUGGCUCUUGUUUCAGAUAUUCAAUCCAGGCUGGUUUCAUGCCUCUGUCGAGCUUUUGCCAUCAUCUUUUGCAAUGGUCACGAUGCUCGGUUUCGCCAAAUACGGUCUCCGUUAUCUAUCCACCGGCUCUGACACCGCAUUUAUUCAAGCCUUACUCUUCAACUUCGUGAGCGGGAUUCUCGGCUGGCCUUUUGUAUUGAUCUUAAGUGUCCCAUUAGUCGCGCACUAUGUCAUCACCCACAGAAUUUUUGCAAGCAUCAAAACCGGUUUCGGAUCAUUAUUAAGAUUACUAGCCGUCAUCGUGGUUGUUUUCUGUAUUGACUCCAUUUACUACGGCAAAGUCACACCAGUUGCCUGGAACAUUGUGAUGUAUAAUGUUGUCGAUGCAAACGAAAAGAGUGGGCCUAAUAUUUUUGGCGUCGAGCCUUGGUAUUACUACUUCCUGAAUCUUCUAUUGAAUUUUCCAAUUACUGUUCUUGUGGGCUGUCUAGUUGGUCUUGCCACUAACUUUAGGUUGGCCUCAAUUUGGGGUUCUUUGCUUGUAUGGAUGGCAAUCUUUGUACAACAGCCCCACAAAGAAGAAAGAUUCCUAUAUCCAAUUUAUUCGAUCAUUUCUCUUUCAGCCAGUGUUGGCUUUACAAAGGUUUGGGGGCGUUUAUCUGGGUCAAAAGGUGUCCGUAAUACCUUUUUCUUUGGUCUUUAUGCAUUGACAAUAUGUCAGAGUUCAAUGAGAACAUUUGCGUUAAUCAAAAAUUACACUGCCCCACUGGAUGCAUAUGCACAUAUCCCUAUUGUUCCAGGUCCUCAAAAUGUAUGUGUCGGGCGUGAAUGGUUUCAUUACCCCACUUCGAUGUUUUUGAGCAAUGACUACAGGCUACAUUUUAUCCAAUCCGGAUUUGAUGGCUUAUUGCCUGGAGAUUUCAAGGAAACGCAUAGCAUGCUGAAUAGCAUACGAGAGAUACCCGUGGGGAUGAAUAAUGAAAACAAGUUUGAUCCUUCCAAACUGACUCCUGUGGAUCAGUGUGAUUUCUAUAUUGAUUUCAUGCUUCCAACGGAAGAAAGCCAGGAUGCCCUGGAUCCAAAUGAGAUGGGUGAAGAAUGGAAAUUGGUUUACAGGACACCAUUUGUGGACGCUUCUCAAUCGAAAUUUCUGGGCCGUGCAUUUUCGGCACCCGAAUUUCUGUUGAAGCUUGUACCAGGACAGAAGUACUGGUCUCGUGUUUAUGAAGUCAACUUUCUCGACUACUGCGUAUUUGAGAGACAAACCGAACAGGUUUGA